CCACAAGGCUCCCUUGCCCGCUGCUCUACCGGGCUCCUCGGCCAUGUCUCCCGCCCGGCUCCGGCCCCGCCUGCGGUUCUGCCUGCUCCUGCUGCUGCUGGUGGUGCCGGCGGCGCGGGGCUGCGGGCCGGGCCGGGUGGUGGGCAGUCGCCGGCGACCGCCGCGCAAACUCGUGCCGCUGGCUUACAAGCAGUUCAGCCCCAACGUGCCAGAGAAGACCCUGGGCGCCAGCGGGCGCUACGAAGGCAAGAUCGCACGCAGCUCGGAGCGCUUCAAGGAGCUCACCCCCAACUACAAUCCCGACAUCAUCUUUAAGGACGAGGAGAACACGGGUGCCGACCGCCUCAUGACCCAGCGCUGCAAGGACCGCCUGAACUCGCUAGCCAUCUCUGUUAUGAACCAGUGGCCCGGUGUAAAGCUGCGUGUGACUGAAGGCUGGGAUGAGGAUGGCCACCACUCAGAGGAGUCCUUGCACUACGAGGGCCGUGCAGUGGACAUAACCACCUCAGAUCGUGACCGCAAUAAGUACGGACUGUUGGCACGCUUGGCAGUGGAGGCUGGCUUCGACUGGGUGUAUUACGAAUCCAAGGCUCACGUGCAUUGCUCUGUCAAGUCGGAGCACUCGGCAGCAGCCAAGACAGGUGGCUGCUUUCCUGCUGGAGCCCAAGUGCGCCUAGAGAGUGGGGCACGUGUGGCCCUGUCAGCUGUGAAGCCAGGAGACCGGGUGCUGGCUAUGGGGGAGGAUGGGAACCCCACCUUCAGCGACGUGCUCAUUUUCCUGGACCGUGAGCCAAACAGGCUGAGGGCUUUCCAGGUCAUCGAGACCCAGGACCCCCCACGUCGCCUGGCACUCACUCCCGCCCACCUGCUCUUCACUGCUGACAACCACACAGAACCAGUAGCCCGGUUUCGGGCCACAUUUGCCAGCCACGUGCAGCCUGGCCAGUACGUGCUGGUAGCAGGGGUCCCUGGCCUUCAGCCUGCCCGGGUGGCAGCUGUUUCCACACAUGUGGCCCUCGGGGCCUAUGCUCCACUCACAAGGCACGGGACACUGGUGGUAGAGGAUGUGGUAGCUUCCUGCUUUGCAGCUGUGGCUGACCACCGUCUGGCUCAGUUGGCCUUCUGGCCCCUGCGACUGUUUCCCAGCUUGGCAUGGGGCAGCUGGACCUCAGGCGAGGGCGUGCACUGGUACCCUCAGCUGCUUUACCGCUUGGGGCGUCUCUUGCUAGAAGAGGGUAGCUUCCACCCACUGGGCGUGUCUGGAGCAGGGAGCUGAAAGACCCCCACCACUGCCCUCCAGGAACUGCCAUGCUGG